AUGGGUCGUAAGACUUAUGAUUCUUUGCCGAUAAAGUUACGACCAUUAAAGGGACGAAUAAAUGUUGUAUUAUCUAAUACUGUUAAGGCAGAGGAGCUGCUACCAGCAGAAGCAGCAGCAGCAGCAGCAGCAGCAGCAGAUGCCUUAGGAGUAGUGCGGUGUAUAUACACCACACGUAUAGCAGCACAAUUUGCUGCAGAUGUAUAUUUCCCCUCAUUCUCUCCCCCUCCUCCUCCGCCGCAGCAGCAGCAGGUGCAGCAGCAGCAGCAGGUGCAGCAGCAGCAGCAGGAACAGGAGGAGGAGGAACAAGAAGGAGACGAGCAAUGGGCAUGCAAUAUAGAUGGAUAUAUAACUACUUAUAUAAGUAGAUCUAAAUCUUAUAAGAAUAUUCCUUAUGAUUUUAUUAUAUUAGAGAAAAAAGAUUUGCUGCUGCUGCAGCAGCAGCAGCAGCAGCAACAACAACAAUUAUUACUUAUUAAACAAAUCCAAGAACAUGGUUUAUUCCGUGCUGCUGAGGCAUUAGAGUUAUUCGAGGAGGAAGAAGAAGCACGUGUUGGUGUUCGUUCUGUUUGUGGGCGAAUGCUUCGUUUCUCAUUAAAAGAAACCUUCCCUUUAUUAACCACUAAAAGGGUUUUCUGGAGAGGAGUUGUUGAGGAGUUGCUGUGGUUUAUUCGUGGUGAUACAAAUGCCAAUAACCUCAGCAAGCUCGGUGUCAAGAUAUGGGACGCAAACGCUACCCGCGAGUUCCUUGAUAGUCGCGGGCUACACCAUAGAGAACAAGGAGAUAUCGGGCCGGUGUAUGGAUUUCAAUGGAGGCAUUUUGGUGCCAAGUACAAAGACAUGCAUACGGACUAUACUGGGCAAGGAGUAGAUCAAUUAAAGGAUGUAAUUCAUAAACUAAGAACAAACCCUUAUGAUCGUCGUAUCCUUAUGACGGCAUGGAACCCAGCAGCAUUAUCUGAGAUGGCAUUACCACCAUGUCAUGUAUUAUGUCAAUUUUAUGUUAGUAAUGGAGAUAGAAGAUUUUACUGCAGAUAG